UCUGUUUGAUGGAAGAGAGUAGAUUGUUCCAGAGGCAGUGGGAUAUGCAAACAGGAGGGGGGAAUUGAUUAGCCUGAUCAUAUAAACGCAUGGACACACUACAUCAAAAACUUUCCCAAAGUUUUUCCCCACAGGGACACUCUCCUCCUCCCAGCCUCUAGGCGGCGCACAACAGACGCCGGGUUGGCACCACCAUUGACCAGCAACUCUUAUUGGUUAAAGUCCAUUAGCGCUAGUAGCCAAUGGCUGAGGAGGUUGUUGGGUUGUCCUGGUUUCUGACGGCGUGGAAGGAGCGGGGAGAAAUCGCUGGAAGAACUCAGCAGGCCAGGCAGCAUCCGUGAGAAAAGAGCAGCCAACGUUUCGGGCCGAGACCCUUCGUCAGGAAUGCGUUUUGUGUUUUGUGUUAAGGAGAAGAGCGGUGGUAGGCAAACCAGCAAAUCGCCCUCAUCUCCUGCCGCUGUGGAACCGUAACCUGACCGGGAACGGGCCGAAGAGACCGACGGGCGCAACGUUGGAGCCGGCGGUCGGGCCUCGCCCUCCGGUGCUGAUUGGCCGAUCAGCUGCAUCGCUACGUUGAGACCAGGUUAGAUCUUCAGAGAUCUUGACACCCAGGAACUUGAAGCUGCUCACUCUCUCCACUUCUGACCCCUCUAUGAGGAUUGGACGAUGGCUGAGCUACACAUCAUCGGACAGCUCGUCGGAGCAAGCGGCUUUCCCCAGCACAGCCUCUUCUGCAAAUGGGGACUGCACGCAGGGUGUGCUUGGAAGCUCCUGUCUGGUUUAAAGGAAGGGCAAACACAGGUGGACAACCCAGUUAACAAAGAAAUGACUUACUGGUCCCAUCCUAUUGAUGUGCACUAUGCAACCAAAGGUCUUCAAGGCUGGCCCAAGCUCUUCCUGCAAGUGUGGCAUCAGGACUCCUUCGGCCGGAACGAGCUCUACGGCUACGGUUUCUGCCACAUUCCCAGCAGCCCGGGCUUCCACCAGCUGGACUGCGUCACCUGGCGGCCCCUGGGCACCUGGCAGGAGCAGCUGUCCCAGAUGUUUGUUGGUGGUGGCCCCCAACUGAAACACAGCGACCUGAUCUACACCGGGGCCGACCGCUACCGGCUCCACACUGUGGCCAUGGGCAAGGUCCAUCUCCAGCUCAAUAUCAUCCUCCGCAACUUUGACCGGUACGGGGUGGAGUACUGAGCGGCGAGCUGGCGCCAUCGCAGGGUGAGGAUGUUAACCGGGCGCGAGGGGGGGUUCUCCGUAUGUUUCUCCUGACGCCUCUUGUCUGCGAGACAGUCUUCCUCGUGUGCAAGACCCUCCUGCCAAACAUGGCACACAGGCACGAAAUAACAGCAAGUACAGGCCAUUUGGCCCUUCUAGUCUGCUUCGUCAUUCAGGAAGAUCGGGGCUUGUCGGAUCUAGUCUCGUCUCUGCUACCGUCUGAUUGCCAACUCUGCUUUAAAGGUUUGCCCACCUCAAAGUCCACAGCUCUCUUGGAUCGAUAAUUCCUGAUUCAUGAUCCUGAGAGAAGGACUUCCUUUUCCAAGACACAGGAGCAGCAUUAGACCAUUUAGCCUCUUGAGUCUUUUCCACCAUUCAGUCGUGGCUGAUUUAUUUUCCCUCUCAACCCCAUCCUCCUGCCUUCCCCCCGUAACCUUUGACACCCUUACUAAUCAAGAACUUAUCAAGCUCUGCUUUAAAUAUACCCAAUGACUUGACCCCCACAGCCGUCUGUGGUAAUGAGUUCUGCAGAUACACCGCCCUCUGACUAAAGCAAUUCCUCUUCUCUGUUAGGGGAUGAUUUCUAUUCUGAGGCUGUGCUCUAUGGACCUAGACUCUCCCACUAUCGGAAACAUCCUCUCUCCAUGCACUCUAUCUAACCUUGCAAUGUUUGGCAUGUUUCAACGAAAUCCCCCCACUCAUUCUUUGAAACUCCAGCGAGUACAAGCCCAGAGCCAUCAAACACUCCUCACGUGUAACCCUUUAGUUCCCGGCAUCAUUCUUGUAAAUCCCCCCUCUGACCCUCUCCAGUGGCAGCACAUCCUUUCUCAAAUAAAGGGCCCAAAACUACUCACAGUACUCCAAAUAUGGUCUGCCCAAUGUCUUAAGAGGCCUUAGCACUACAUCUUCGCUUUUAUAAUUGAGUCCCCGGGAAAUGAAUGCUAACAUUGCAUUUGUCUUCAACUUCACGUAAGGGGGAAUUCCUUACUCUGAAACUACGCUCCCGCACUCCAAUUCUAGACUUUGCUACCGCAAAUUACAUGUCACGUACGAUAGUGAGAACAAACCUGAUUCCAAUCGUAAACAUGAGAAUUCUCCGGAUAAUUCCAAGUUCAGGAUGCUGAAAAUCUUGAGCCACACACACAAAAGGCCCGAGGAGCUCGGGGCAGCACAGUAGCGUAAUGGUUAGCACGACGCUUUACAGUGCAGACGACCCUGGUUCAAUUCCCGCCGCUGCCUGUAAGGAAUUUGCAUGUUCUCUCUGUGAUCGCAUGGGUUUCCACCGGGUGCUCAGGUUUCCUCCCACAAUUAACAGAGGGUUAAUUGGUCAUUGUAAAUUGUCCCCAUGUUCAGGGGAAGGGUCUGUUCUGCACUGUAUCUCGAUAAAUGAAUAAUAAAUCAGACAGCACAAUAAGUAAGCAGUUGUUAUUUCAGGCUGAGAUCCUGAAACGUCAUGACCCAAGACGUUGACUGUCUAUUCUUCUUCAUAGAUGCUGCCUGACCUGCUGAGUUCCUCCAGCAAUUUGUGUGUGUUGAAUCUGAUUGUGGUUCUCCUCAAAAUAAAAUAUCCUUUUUAUCCUUCUCUGAAUAUUGUACAUAUCAUUAAGAGGACCACUCUUAGUCUAGCCUCUACCUUUUGACCUGUUUGGCAUGGGUGACCCUACCAAAGCAUGAGGCCCUGACUCCAGCCAACACUGAGGCACGCAAGCCUUCAAACCCAAUUACAAGGCUGUAGUCCUCUUAGAGGAUUAGAUUUAAGAUUUAAAAAAGAAGCAUCCAUUAAGAUUGACUCUCCUCACAAACUCCAGUGGGUGAAGCUCCCUCUAUUCCUCAAACGUCUUCCUUGAGCUUCCUGCAGUACAAGGAUAUCCCUCCUUGAGAAAGGGUGCAAAAUGAAAAUUAAAAAAAGAUGCUGGGAAUCCUUAAAUGAAGGGAACACUCAACCGAUCAGGCAGCAUCUGUUGAGAACAAACCAUAGAGUUCAUGUUUCAAGUUGAAUUUAAAAGCUUGUAACUAACUCUUGUUCUCUCUAGUUUGGAUGAAGGAUAUUUGAUCUGAUAUAUUAAUUCUGUUACCCUUUCUGUGGAGGCUGAGUAUUACUCGCAUUUUUUUUUUUUGCUUUUGUGUGCGGUCUCAUUAUUGUAAAUUUACAGACAGACUCUCUACUCCUUGCAAUAAAAGUUUUUGCCUCGCUGAAAUGGGCAUUGAUGAGCCUGUGCCCAGCAUACCAACCAUUGCUGUGGGCUGGGACACUUGGCGUUAAACCGACAUCAGUUCGGCUCCCGUCUGCUUGUUGCACUUGUAACUGCAGGUUGGAAUGCUUCGUGUUAAAUCCUGCCAAGUUGCUGAGUGAUCAUAUCGCCUGUUUGGAAUAUCGUAGGCUUUGUGACUGACCCCUGCAGAGUUGGUAGCCGGACUGGAUGCAGAUGUUGGAGGAACAUCACCAGGUGUCCUUGCGUGGCUCCGUGAUCUCAGCUAGGGGCUUUGUGAGUUGUGGCCAACUCAUGUUAUUGACAAUUCCGAAGCCAAACAAGCAGCUGUGUGAUUUUUUUUGUUUUUUAAAUCCUCCCCGGUGAUGUAUUCGAACUGAGGAUGACUCUUCCCACCAGCUGGCACAGGUGAAAGACAUCCUUUGAGGUGAGCUGCAUGAAUGGUGCCCGGGGGCUUCAUUGAGAGGUAUGUCUGUGGGCAUGUACCCCCUUGUCUGUGGGUCCACAAUUAAUUUCUGCAGAGCUGAUCCAGUGGAAGUAAAUACCAGAGGACAAGUAACACAGUGACAUUACUUUACCACACACAGUCAGGCUCUGACCAUGAUAUUAUUCAGAAAAACUAUAUUGUGACCCAAUAAGUGGCAAGGAAUGAUUUCGCACUCAAAGCAACCAAGUUCUUUUCCUCCCUUCUGAUUUCUUCCUCUCUCUCCCUCACACUCUCCUUCCCUUCUCUGUCACUCAGAUACACCAGUGCUCCCUUCCCUUCGGUCUCCUCCUUGCCCGCGCUCCUUCCUCCCUUUGUUUUGGGCAGCACCAGGCUCAUUGUCUCUAUCUGUGACUGAUCUGUGCAGUACAACCGUAUACCAUUUUAUACUAGAAAUUUAUUCCUCUGUAUAAAUGUAUUUUAUAAAAUAUGAGAUUGAUAUCUGCAUUGUAUUGUGUGUAACUAAAUAAAUACUGAGUCUUUUUUU